AUGGAGAUCCCUGAGCAGACCAAUCCCUGCGCGAUCUGUCUCGGUGGCACGGGCGCCGGCGGUGGGCAGGCCAUCUUCACGGCGGAGUGCUCCCACACGUUCCACUUCAGUUGCAUCUCUGCCAGCGUCCGCCCGCUCUGCAACGCCACACUCGUCCCGCUUUCCUCCGCUCGUGCAUCAUUCCCCCGCUCACCAGCCGCCGCAUCGAACAAAACAGUUGUCGUCAAGACGCACAAUGAAUACCCGGCCGUCGCCAGGGAUUCGUCCAGCGACAACUUCGCCGUGCUCGUUCACAUCCAGGCUCCCAGGAUGACCGACAUCACGGCGGCCGGUGGCGACCCGCCGCGCGCGCCGGUGGACCUCGUGACGGUUCUCGAUGUGAGUCAUAGUAUGAGCGGGCAAAAAUUGACGCUGUUGAAGCAGGCCAUGCGGUUCGUCAUCGCCAAUCUCAGCCCCGACGACCGCCUCUCCGUCGUGUCCUUCAACAUGAAGGCGCGCCGGGUGACCAGGCUCGUGCGCAUGUCGGAGGCCGGCAAGGCCCUGUCCGUGAGCGCCGUGGAGUCCCUCACGGCGGGCGGCUGCACCGACAUCGCCGAGGGGCUCCGUAUGGCAGCCAUGGUACUCGACCAGCGCCGACACAGGAAUGCCGUCUCGAGCGUCAUGCUCCUCUCCGAUGGCCAGGACAACUACAUCAUGAUGAGGCACCAGGAGUCGUCCGGCGUCCAGGCCAACGACUACGAGGACCUCGUCCCGACCACCUUCACGCGCACGUGUGCUGACGGUGAAUGGUCAGUGCCAAUCCACACUUUCGGCUUCGGCAAUGACCACGACGCGGCCGCGAUGUACAUCAUCGCCGAGGCUACAGGCGGCACGUUCUCGUUCGUCGAGAACGAGGCGGUGAUCCAGGACGCGUUCGCACAGUGCGUCGGCGGGCUGCUCUCUGUCGUGGUCCAGGAGGCUCGCAUCGUUGUCGCGUGUGUGCACCCCGGGGUCCGUGUCAUGUCGCUCAAGUCCGGCAGUUACGAGAGCCGCAUCGACAAGGAUGGCCGCGCCGCUACGGUCUGGGUCGGGGAACUAUACGCUGAUGAGGAGAGGCAUUUCUUGCUGAUCCUGACCGUGCCAAGAGCCGAAGCGACAGUCGGUGACACCACCGCUCUGUUGAAUGUGUCAUUCAGCUACAGAGAUGCGGCGACCGGCGCGGACGUGAGCGUGUCGGCCAAGGAUACAGUGGUGGCGAGGCCGGAGCACGCGGCGGACGCGGAGCGGUCGGUGGAGGUUGAGUGGGAGCGUGUCCGGGUAGAUGCGGCCGAGGACAUCGUGGCGGCGAGGGCAGCAGCUCAGCGGGGCGAGCACCAAGAGGCGGCGGCGAUACUCAAGAACCACCAACGUGCAGUGGCGCUGUCAGAGGCGGCGCGCGACGGCGCCCCCGUGACCGUGGCGCUAGAGGCCGAGCUGCAGGAGAUGCGCAGGCACGUGUCGAACCGGCAGAGCUACGCGCUGUCGGGUAGGGCGUACAUGCUCUCCGGCAUGAGCGCACACCAGCAACAACGCGCUACCUCGAGGCAGAUGAAUCUGGUGGAUGAGAUCUCGGUGGAAUCUAUGGCCGCACCGGCGGCGGCGCCGCCAGUAAAGUUGGCAUCGAACGAGCCGACAUUGUCGUACGCGACACCGGCUAUGCGCGCCAUGCUGCUGCGCUCGCGGAGGGCACGGGAGGCAUCAGCCGAGGGCAGAAGCUACAAGCUGAAGAAGAAUAUGCAGGAGGCUCCGAACACGCUACGUCCGCCACCGCCGCCGCCACCCGUGCGUAUCGGGCAGGCUGAGUCGCCUACGGUCGUCUUCGAUGACGACGAGCAGGUUGGUCCAGCCUCUGGGCCACCAGCUGACAACCGGUCACCAGCCGCCGCGUCGAACGAAGCAGUUGUCGUCAAGACGCAGAGCGAGUACCCAGCCAUCGCUAGGGAUUCGUCCAGCGACAACUUCGCCAUGCUCGUGCACGUCCAGGCUCCCGGGAUGACCAAGAUCAUGGCGGCAGGUGGCGACACGUCGUGCGCGCCCGUGGACCUUGUGACAGUUCUUGACGUCGGUGGCAGCAUGAGAGGGUACAAGUUGGCGCUGCUGAAGCAGGCCAUGCGGGUCGUCAUCGCCAAUCUCGGCCCUGAUGACCGCCUCUCCGUCGUGUCCUUCUCCUCCGUGGCGCGCCGCCGAACCAAGCUCACGCGCAUGUCAGAGACCGGGAAGGCCUUGUCCGUGAGCGCCGUGGAGUCCCUCAUGGCGGGCGGCGGCACCAACAUUGCUGAGGGGCUCCGUGUGGCAGCCAUGGUACUCGACCAACGUCGGCACAGGAACGCCGUCUCUAGCGUCCUGCUCCUCUCCGACGGCCCAGGGCCGUCCAGCGUCCAGGCCAACAAUUACGAGGAGCUCAUCCCGCCCGUCUUCGCGCACACGGGCGUUGACUGUGAAUGGUCAACACCGAUCCACACGUUCGGCUUCGGCAACGACCACGACGCGGCCGCGAUGCACGUCAUCGCCGAGGCGACGGGCGGCACGUUCUCAUUCAUCGAGAACGAGGCGGUGAUCGAGGACGCGUUCACCCAGUGCAUCGGCAGGCAGCUCUCUGUCAUGGUCCAGGAGGCUCGCAUCGCCGUCGCGUGCGUGCACGCCGGGGUCCGCGUCAUGUCGGUCAAGUCUGGCAGUUAUGAGAGCCGCAUCGACGAGGACGGCCGCGCCGCCACGGUCUGGAUCGGGGAACUCUACGCCGAGGAGGAGAGGCGUUUCUUGCUGUCUCUGGCCGUGCCAAGAGCUGAAGCAACAAACGGCGACACCGCUACUCUGGUGAAAGUGGUGUUCAGCUACAGAAACGCGGCGACCGGCGCGGGCGUGAGCGUGACAACGGAGGACACAGUGGUGGCGAGGCCGGAGCACGCGCCGAACGCAUCGGAGCGGUCGGUAGAGGUGGAGCGGGAGCGCAUCCGGGUGGAGGCGGCAGAGGACUUCGCGGCGGCAAGGGCAACGGCGGAACGGGGCGACCACCGAGAGGCGGUGAAGAUACUCAACAACCGGCAGUGUGCAGUAGCGCUGUCACAGUUGUCGCGCGACGACGACCCCGUGAUCAUGGCGCUGGAGGCCGAGCUGUGGGGGAUGUGCAGGUGCGUGGCGAACCGGCGGCAAAUUUGAUAAUUUUAAC